CCGCCAAUUGUCAUAGCAACGGCUCGCGCGUCCCGGAAGUGGCGGCGGCCGGGCAGUCUCCCCGCGGUUCCAGCGGCGGCCGGGGGAGUGAUGCUGGGCCAGUGGAGCCAGCGCCUCCGGGAGGUGACGGGCCCCACCCCGCACUCAGUGGCGCUGAGGGCCAAGUUUCCUAAACCUGAUAAGUUUCAAUGUUUCAUCUUGGAAUGCAGACGUAAAGAAAAAGAACGUCUUGAAUACUUGGCUUUCACAAAGGUUCACAACAGAGGUCUGCAGGUCAGUCAGUGGGAGAAUCACAAUGAACGCAGAAGGCUUCACAGUAUUGUACAGAAGAAGGUCGAUCAGACAAUGCAGGAGUACCUGGCAGGAACUGAGGAUAGAAGAGACAGGCUUCGGGCACUUCUGGAAGUGGAAGAAAAGAGCUAUUUCACUGAGAUGGAGUCAAUGGAAGAAACCAUGCUGGAAAGAGAAGCAAAAAUGAGAGAGCGAGCAAAAGUGCUGAGAGAGAAGAGAGAGGAAGAGAGACAAAAAUUGGUUGCUCUAAAGCGAGAGCAACAGUUCAGAGAACAGUGUGAGGAGGUUCGUUUGCAAUGGAGUCGGAGACAUCAGAAGGAGGUGUGUUCAGACCGACUGGCCCAACUGGCCCUUAAGGAAGAAUUGAAGAAGCAAGAGAAGAGAGAGGAACAGAUAUUUGCAGAGCUUUGGGAAGAGGACCGAUUGGCCAAGGAAAAACGAGGGAUAGAGGACUUCCAGAAAAAAUCCGAACAGAAUGAAGAAUUGCUGAAUGUGCUUAAUGCUCAGGUAGCUGCACUGGAUGCUCAAAGAGAGGAGGCAAAGCGACUGAAAGAAGAAGAGGCACAAUUACUGGAAGAGGAAAGGAAGCUGUUUAAACUAGAAAAUGAGCGAAUUCAGAUGGAGAAAUUACAGAAACAGAAGGAACAAAGGGACGUGUUGAUUAACUCAGCUCGGGCAAAGAUGAAGCGUCUUAAUCGGGAAAAACAAGAGGAACUUGCUCUAGACAUGAAGAUCCUAGAACGACUUUUCCAUGAAUCCCAGGAAGACACAGAGGGAAUAAAGCAAAGAAAACAAGAGCUGUUGAAGGAGCAGCAAAUGUAUCGGGAAUAUCUGGCUCAACAAUUGGAAGAGGAGAAGCGUCGAGAGAAAGAAAUGGACAAGCUGCUGGAGGAAGAGAUGGAGAAGUCUUGGGCUAAGAAGGCUGAGCAAAUGAGAUUGGAAAAGGAAGCUAGGAAACGGCUAAUGAAAGAUGUCCUGGAUACGAGACGACUGCAGAUUGAAGAGAAGUUGGAGAGAAAUGCAAAGCACCAGGAAGAACUUGCUCAGGACAAGGAACUAUUAGUUGAAGCCAUUAAAGAACUCAAUUCUAUAGAAGAAGAAAAAUAUUUAAGACGAAUGCAGGAGGCAAAGGAAUAUCGGGAGCAGCUGCAGGCUCAGAUUACCUAUCAGCAGCAGGCCCAUAUUGCUGAGGAAGAAGAGAAGCAGCGAGAAUAUGAAUCAGGACUGGUAGCAGAGAGAGUUUACCAAGAAAAGAUGAAAGACAUUCUAUCAAGACCCUACAUGAAACUAUCAGAAAUCCAUCCCUUGAGAAGAAAAUUGUCUAAUCUGCAAGUAUAGCAUUUACUUAUUGUGAUGUAUACAACUUCAGCUCCCUUUAGACUGUAUUUAAAACAGUAUAUAUGAAUUUUUACUUUUCAUACUAAUUAAUAUAUCUGGUUCCACUUUCCCUGUUUUUGUAUGCAAAUCAUUUUAAGGAGCAUAUAUACGAAUUAGACACCUUUUCAAAGGGUUAAUUUUUCCCCUUUGGAUUUUCUUUGAGACAAUAACUUUUCCUCCGUUUUAGAUUCAGAAAUUUUUACAUUUUAAAUAAAACAUUGUGUAUGAAUAGCA